ACCUAAAAUAAGCAAACCCGUCCUCUAUUAACCUGCGAGCUUUCGCGAAAUCAGAGCAACUCAGAGAAUAGACAUGGAAGCAGACCCUAACUCUUCUUCUUCCUUCUCCUCCAUCUUCUCUGAGAAAAAUUCCAGACUCCCAGACGACACCGUUUUCUUCUCCAUCUUCCCCGACUUCUCCAUCCCCUCCACUCCCCAAUCCUCCUCCACCUCCACCUCCACCUCUGAACUCUCCUCACAACUCCAAUCCCUCCACCUCCAAAUCCUCCAAACCCUCUCCCCCUACACCUCCGACUACAUCUGGCAACACGAGCCUUUCACUGUCUCUCUCUCGUCCCCCACCGCCACCUGUAUUUGCUCCGCCUCCAUCCCCCACCUCCACGGCAAACUCCGCUACGGUGACAACCUUGACGAUGAAUGGUUCAUCGUUUUCCUUCUAUUCCACACCUCUCUUCACUUCCCCAACCUCUCAAUCCGCGUUUGGGACACUGACGGAGAAUUCCUUUUAAUCGAAACCGCUUUUCACCUCCCCCGGUGGCUCAACCCCGACACCGCCACCAAUCGAAUCUUCAUUCGCAAUGGGCACCUUCACAUUGUCCCCAAAACUGUAUUUCCACAAACGCCUUCGCUGUUCGAUUCGUUGUCAUACAUAAUGAAAUUCGAAACCAAAACUGAAGCCACUGAAUCAGUUCAAUUAGCAAUAAAGAAUAAGAUUGCAGACUACCCAGAAAGGGCGAAGAAAAAUGUGCAUAGAGUUAGGGUUAGGGUUCCGGUAUCCGUUGCUCAGGUGUUGAAACACGAGCCGUGUUUGAUUUCUCUGGCGGUUGAGGGGUUUUAUGAUAGAGACAUUGAUACAAUGAAGUUUGCCGCGAAGAUGGGGAAGUUUAUGCCGAAAGGGACUGGGGAGGAGAUGGUUACUGUGUCUGUGAGAAUGUCGAGGGCCAUGUAUGCGCAGCUAGUCCAGCAAACGUUUCAGGCGCCGAAAUGCUACCCGAUGCCCGUGAGGACUGAUGUGAGGGCUUAUGUGGAGGCUGAGUUGGGUAUGAAGAUUACUUGUGGGUUUGAAAUGAUGUAUCAGAUGAGAAAAAAGGAGGGGUUGGAAGGGAAGGGGAGUACGUGGGAGAAAUUCAUGGAGAGUUUGGAGAGGAGUGGGUACUUUCAAGGGUUGUUGCCGGGUUCGAAGGAGUAUAAAAGGUUGAUUGAAAAUGCUGAGGAGUAUUACAGGAAUAGCUCAUUGCAUUCGAGAGCUAGUGAAAUGAUGAAUGCUCCAGUGAGGCGCAUAGAUGAGAUUCUUUCUCUCCCUCAUUCCAUUGAUGAUUUUGAUUCUCUGGAUCUUCCUUCGUCAGAUGAUGAUUCAUGGCUUUAUAGUGGGGAGGAUGAGCUAAAUGCCGCUCUUCAGGAGAGACAGAAGGAGAUGGAACAUUAUAAUCUAAAAAAUAACAAGAAGCAGAAGUCAAAAGAGCAGCAGGAUGCUGGUCCCUCAUCUGGUUCAAAAACAGAUGAUUAUGGUCUUGGGGACAUUGCGAAGUCAAUGCAAGCAUUUGUCCAGAAGAUGUCUAGCUAUGAGGGAGCAGAGGCUCCUGAAAGCAGGAACUUAGAUUCUGUUGAUUUCGAUGUGGAUCGUUUCAUGAAAGAUGUGGAAUCAGUGAUGAGACAUCCACGUCCUGAAGAUGCUGGCAGUGAUGUUGAUAGUGAAGAGAGUUCCUCAUCAGACAUGGAUUUUGAUGAGUCUGAAGAUGAGAGUGAUGAUAAUGAAGAGGUAGGGGAUACUUUCAUGCAGUCCUAUUCUGGUGCUUUGGAUGAGGAACUGAAGACCACCACACUCGACAAAAGUUUUGUCCGUGCCAAUGAGCAACCUAUCAAGAAGGACGAGGGAACAUCAAAUGCCCCAGUGGACAUGGAUGAGGACUUUACUCCUGUGGAUGUAGAUGUGAACCUAGUGAAAAGCUUUCUUGAUUCCUUUUCUUCUCAACAAGGACUUCCUGGUCCUGCUUCCAAUUUGCUAGGGCUCAUGGGUCUCCAGCUACCACAAGAUGACAAGAAGAAGUGAUGUAACCUCUUUAUGGGCUUUGUCCGCUUCAUCUACACAGAAUUUGUUGAUAUUGUAUGAGACAACCCUUUUUCUCCAAGAAUUUUGAUCUUGUGUAUAUACAUAUAUCAAGGCUGGUCAAUACCUGCUGAGAGUAUGUAGUAUAAAUACCAGAAAUUGUGUGCCAAAAUUUUUCAUAGGGUUAAAGAUCAGGUUCAGGAUCCGAGUUAAAUUGACCUUCCCUAUCAUCUUAGGGUGAGGCAAGGAAUUCAAUCAAACUCUUGUUCAAUAUCUCGGCUACUCAAGAAGUUGGAUUGGCUGUUUGAUGCAUUCCACAAGCUUUUCUCGCGCAAUCGACUUCAAAAUCCAUGCCGAUGAUGUUUAGAGAGUGAAUCAAGUGAUGACCAUUUCUCUUGUCUGUGCAGCCUUUCAUGGCAUAAAUUUUGCACCAAUGACUUGCUUGGGGAAGGCUCAAGAAUUCAGUAGCUGCUCCUGUGUAAGCAUCUUAUUUUUUUUUAUCAAAAAAAGAAAAAAAGCAAGCACAUGGUAUGGAGACGUUAACUAUUUUAAAAUUCCAGAUUUGGAUAUUGCUUUUGGUUGUUUAUGU